AUGGCGAGCCCCCCUGGGCAAAGCUCUCCCAAACUUGGAGACGACAAAACCCAAAGUAUUGUCGAUACUAAAGACGUCGCUGCUCUUGGAUCGUCCCCGUCGGCCAGCGAAGACUCUGGGUCAGACGAGGAGUUUGAGGAAGAUCUAAUCAAGAAUCCUUUCCUCGACCCAGAUGUUGCAGCACACUGGCGAAAGGUGUAUGAGGAUGCCGACUACGAGUCCCGUCAUGUGUUUGAUCCCACCUUAACGUGGACGGAAGAGGAGGAGAAACGGGUACGCCGCAAGCUGGACUGGAGGAUCUGCACAUGGGCGGCUUUGGCAGAUAAUAUGCUGGACGAUCUUGGGCUCACCACAAAUGACGCAAUCAACGUAGCAUGGGUCUCCAAAAACGCCAACAACGUCGGCACCCGCACCGUAGCCUCCGCUCUCUACAACAUAUCCGUCCAAAUCGGGCACGUAGCCUACUCCUUCAUCUACGUCGAGUCGGACAAGCCCUACUACCGGGACGGCAACACCAAGCUGUUCGCCAUCAACCUGCUGUCCAUUCUCGUCUUCCUGGGCACCAAGGCCUACUACGUGUACCGCAACCGGGCCAAGGAGGCGGUGUGGGCGCGGAUGAGCGCCGAGGAGCGCGCGGCCUACGUGCGCACGAGCGAUGUCAAGGGGUAUAGUGUAUACGUCGGUGUCGCCACUGCAGAAGGCGGUGGGUGUGAAGCCAGGAAGCUUCGUUCUAGUUAUUGCCCUUGCCAUUCGUACCUAUGUUAA